GUUUGUAUGAAAGGCCAAGUUGGAGAUUUAUAAUCAUCCAAAAUGCUGCCACUCAUCCUUUUCGUAUUUUCUCUCAUUUUAUUGUUGAUUAUACAGAAGAAGGCUUUGAAAGGAUUGGAUAUUCCAGGCCCAAAAGGAGUGCCCAUUUUUGGUAAUGCGUUUGAACUUGUUUCACAAACUCCGUAUGUCCAGUUGCAAAGAUGGAGUAAGAAAUAUGGCGAUGUUUUUAAAAUUCAAAUAUUUAAUGAAGAAAUUGUAGUGUUGAAUGAAAAUGAUGUCGUAAGAGAAGCCCUAUUAUCAGAGGAUUUUGCAGGACGACCAAAUUCAUGGAGGAUCAACUUUAUAAUUCCUGGAGGUGACAAAAACAUUGUGUUCCGAGAUUUAUCACAAGGUUGGAAAAAAGUUCGAAAAAUUGCUCAUCGAGGUUUAAAGCAAUUUGGAGAUGGCAUGGACAGAAUUGCUAUUCUGUCAUCCGAUGAAAUCCAAUACUGUAUUAUGAGAUUCAAAAGUAAUGGUGAGACUCCAUUUGACCCCCGGGAAGCUGUGGAAAAAUGUAUAGCAAAUAUCAUGUUUAGUUUG